AUGUCGCUCGUGUCCGGCGAGAAGACGAACUUCCAGUACAUCUUGCGUCUGCUCAACACCAAUGUUGACGGCAAGCAGAAGAUCAUGUACGCCUUGACCCAGAUCAAGGGUGUCGGCCGUCGUUACUCCAACUUGGUUUGCAAGAAGGCCGAUGUUGAUCUGAGCAAGCGCGCUGGUGAGCUCACCACCGAAGAACUCGAGCGUAUCGUCACCAUCCUCCAGAACCCCACCCAGUACAAGAUCCCCAGCUGGUUCCUCAACAGACAGCGCGACAUCGUCGAUGGCAAGGACUCCCAGGUUCUGUCCAACGGUCUGGACAGCAAGCUCCGUGAGGAUCUCGAGCGCCUGAAGAAGAUCCGCUCCCACCGUGGUCUGCGUCACUACUGGGGUCUCCGUGUCCGUGGUCAGCACACCAAGACUACCGGCCGCCGUGGACGCACCGUCGGUGUCAGCAAGAAGAAGGGCUAA